UCAGAAUAAAACUAAACCCGUCAUCCAAUGGCAGUCCGGAUCUAUUGAGAGACACACCUUCCCACCAAUCAGAUUCUUACGUGCGCUUCUACCGCCAGCAGAUAUCUACUACUGAUCUUUGGAGUUUCGACCUCGCUGUUGCACCGUUCCCAAUCAGUGCUACACUGGAACAACAAUGGUAAAGAUCUUUAUCGGUAACCUCUCUCAGAACACUGAGAAGGAUGAGAUUGAAGCUCUGUUUACUCAGUACGGCACAGUAACAGAAUGUGCCAAGUACAAAAACUAUGCUUUUGUUCACAUGGAAGACCGCAAAUCUGCCACCAAAGCAAUCCGUGAACUCCAUCUCCAUAAGCUGAAUGGCAGACCCAUCAACGUAGAGCCAAGCAGAAGCACGGACCAGGGCCCCGUGAAGCUUCACGUGGCCAAUGUGGAGAAGGGCUUUGACAAAGAGCUCCGUGACCUGUUUUUGGAGUAUGGCACAGUCACGGAGUGCUCCAUCGUCAAAAACUUUGCCUUUGUGCAUAUGUCUAAUUCUGACGAGGCCAUGGAUGCCUUGCAGGGCCUGGAUAAUACAGAGUUUCAAGGGAAACGCAUACACGUUCAAAUAUCAAAAAGCAGACCGAGAGGGGGACCAGAGGAGGAGGAGUAUCCACCUCCGCCUGUGAGAGGAGGCUAUUUUCCUCCUCGCUUUCCAGGGGAGAGACCCGAGCCUCCCUACAGAGGCCGCAUGUCCGCUUACCCUCCUCCUCCUCCUCCGCCCCCGCCACCUCCCCCUCCUCCGAGACGAGCAGCGUAUCCUGAUCGUGGCUAUGGCGAUCGAGAAUCUUAUGGGGUGGUCGAUUUCUAUGAGAAAUACAGAGCCCGUCCUUACGCCCCGAACUUCGAUGACAGGCGUCCCAGUGCCAUCCCCCCUCCACCCCCUCCUCCCUCUGCAUUGGUUAGGGAGCGUCUCGGAAUGGGCUCUCUUGAUCCGUAUGAGCGGCGUCCACUGCCCGCUCCUGCAGGUUACAUGGCGAGGGAUCGAAGCCCUAUCAGAAGAGCCCCCCUCCGCCUGCUCCUGCAGCUGGUAAUGGUUACUCCUACGAGCGUUCUCGAUUGUCUCCAUUGUCUCCAAUGUCAAGGACGCCGAUGUACACAGCUCCCCGUCCCCGGGAAGCCUACUCGGAGAGACUGCCGCCGCCACCACCACCGCCGCCGCCUCGCUAUGCAGGCUAUUAGACACCUCGAGUGUAAUACAAGGUUUAGAAUAUGACAAGAUCGUCGUCGUCUGCUGAUGCACGUGGCGCUAUACGCACCCCUCCCCCCUCCCAUGUCUAUGGCGGAUUGCGUUGCGUUUGCUGAGACUUACUGGAAGAUACUGUAUUGCGGACAGCCCCGUAUUUAAAAAUAUACGAUUUCUUUGUCUGCAGUUCUUCUGAGCUGGUCAUGCCUUUUUCUCCUCCUCUCUUUGUUUUACUGUUAAAAGCUUUCAAAAUGUUUUGCAGAAUAGGUGCUUGGACUAUUCCAGUGUGACCAAAACUGGACACUCUGCUUUUCAAUUUUUCUAAGUGGAAAAUGUAAUCUGGGAAACUGUGACCUAUUUCUUCUUUUUAGAACAAGGGAUUCAUUUAGAUACAAAUACAUGUAGGCUUUGUAAACAAAAAUUGUUUAUUUUAAGAUUGUUGGUUGAUUACGAAAUGCUUAUUGAUCCAAGUUUUAAAGAAAUUUCAGCAUACCAGUGCUUUAAUACAACACCUGCUGUGGGAGGUUGUACAGCAAUCUUUAAGAUUUGCGACACAUGUUAGCAUGAAGUUUCAGUGUGGUUUUGUUCUUUUUACACUUUGUGUUCUUUUCAUGCGACAGUAGACUCCUUAGCCACCAUUAUGUAUGAUUUUAUUUACUUUACAGAUUGCUUUUUUUGAAGGCUUUUUAAUAAAUGAAUAAAACAAAAAAAAAAACA